GUGCAUUGAAAACAGGCACUGUUGAUCUUUUUGUGUGUUGGAAAAGCACGAGUGUCAGAAGCCAAACAUGACUCAGCAAAACAUCACAAUGCCACAAAGCUAUUGGUGACUCAUGAUGACUUGACUCAUGAUGUAAAAGCAAAGUCGUCUCUUACUAGUUGUUGAGACUUCAAAACCUUUUCUCAUUCAUCAUCACCAUUCAACCAAACAAAACCAUCACUUUCACCUCACUGCACAGAGUCCUCCUCUCAAGAACAAAAAGAAGUUGAUAUCAUCAUCAUCAUCAUCAUCAUGGACUUGGACAUCAUGGCUAGUAUUCAUUCUUCAAACCACCUUUCUACUCUCCAAUAUGCUCCACUUCACUCUGAUGAUUAUUCAGUAAUCCAUUACACAGAUGUGAAUGAUGAUGGCCAAUAUGACUUUCAAUGUCCUUUUUGUGAUUUCGACAUUCAAGUUCCGGUGUUCUGCAGUGAUUUCGAAGAUGUGGUUUGUCCUGUGUGCGAAGAAAAUUUAGGGAAGGAUGCAAUGACACAAUUUACACAUUCAAGCUCGCGAAAGUGGGGGUGGAAGUCUGAGAAGUCUAGCAUCUGGUCUGGUAAUUCAGCAAUGUUUGGUAAGAAACUAGGUGCCAGGGGAAACAAACAAGAAUCGAUACCUGAUCCUCUUUUGUCACCAUUCAUAUGCAACGUCCCCGUUCUUAACUCUAACAGUAACCAUCCUGAUGAAAACUCUGAUGAAAACUCCAGCUGCAGCAACAAGGAUAUAGAAAUUGAUAAUGCAAAAAGGUGUAUGACUGAUGUUGGUGAGCAGGAUCAACAAGAACGCGGGCUGAGGGCAACAUUUGUUCAAAAAUUGAUAUUAUCAACCAUAUUCGAGGAAAUCGUAUAGAAUUUAAUUUACAGUAACAUAAGUAAUGAAUUAGUAGUAGCUUUUUACAUAUUCAGAUAACCUAAGAAUUAAGAAUUAUGAUGCUGGUUUAAGAGGAGGCACUAGUUUUAUUGCAGUGCUUCGGUUUACGAUGUGAAGUAGUAUAAACAACAGUUAUGUUGAUGCCAUAUGUAUUUUACAUGUAUUUCAGACCUCUAUUGAUUAAUGUCGAUUUCUUCGGUUAACUA